GUCCACCCAAAAGAGAGGGAACAAAUGGCACUCUCUGGAUCUUUUUUCUCUUUUUUAUUCCAUUAGAUUUGGGGCAGGCAAGUGAAAACAGAGUGACCCCCAAUUGCCAAGGUAUCCCUGAAGAAUGCGACCCAUGCAGAGUGAGAGAGGAGCUUUCAGAUGGACAGGAUGUGGCCAAAGCACCCGAGAACCUUCACAACCCAAAAAGGAAGCCGGGAGAUGGAUUCAGAACCAAUGGGGAUAAACCCAGAGACAAGAUCUCUCCUGAGACAGAACCAGGGCCUCACCUGAAGACUGGUGGUGCGGUUGGUAAACCCUUGACAAAAUUAGGGCUUUUCAAGAAGGUUAAAAACAGCAAUGGAGAGAUGAGGUACCUGUGUGCCGAGUGUGGUGAAAGCUUCGAGCAGAAGAAGCACCUGACUGCGCACCAAAAGGCCCACAGUGGGAACACAUUCUACGACUGUUCUGCUUGCGAGAAAAGCUUUGUGUGGAUGUCGGACCUGGCCCGUCACCAGAGGAUCCACACCGGGGAAAAGCCGUACAGCUGCUCAGUCUGCGGGAACGGGUUCAGCUCCCGCUCUGGGUUCCUCCACCACAGGCGCAUCCACUCCGGCGAGAGGCCCUUCCGGUGUUCAGACUGUGGCAAGGGAUUUGUCUGCAAGUCGUACCUCACUCGGCACCAGAGGUCCCACCUCCACCGGAAAACAUACUCCUGCCCCGAAUGUGAGGAAAGCUUCUGUCAGAUCUCUCUUCUUAUGCUGCACAAAAAAACCCACGCAGCGGAAACACCUGCCGAUAGUGGACUAUAACCCUGAAUCUUGGGAUUAUGCUGACAUUGCAGUUCUGUGUUUAUUUGUGCAUUUGUUUUGUUUCAUUUGUGGUUUAGGAGUAUUCAAAUUGUUAUCCUCUUUUUGAAAGUAGAAAUGAUCACUCUGGAUUUUCUUUAUUGGCAUUCCAGCGUCAUCUCCAUACAUGUUUGGUGGCGGUUGCUAUCUCGAUUAGAUUGAGAAAUUGUGGGCUGUAUUUAAGACAUCUACACACAUAAUAAAAAUGAAAAAUGUGUAUGUGUGAAUGUG